AUGGCACCUUCAGCCAUAACCCCACCACAAGGAGUUCAGCAAACGGCUGAACUCACAGCCUCUGCAAUCGCCCACAAGAUUGCUGAGACAGCUCCUGAAUUGAAGAACGGGACCAAUGGCGUGGAGACCUCCCUCCGCUCACUCGAUGCGUCCAAAUUGAUCUUUACAAGGACAACGACUCCUAUGAACGUCCCUCGAGCAGGAGACCCCAUCAUAGCUACCUCGUCGCAGUGCACUGAUCACAUGAUAACUGCUAAAUGGAACUCUACCACUGGAUGGGAUGCUCCAGAGUUGAGGCCUUACGGAAAUUUAUCUUUGGCUCCUACUGCUUCUUGUUUGCACUACGCUACGGAAUGCUUUGAGGGACUUAAGAUGUAUAGAGGAUACGAUGGGAAGCUGAGACUCUUUAGACCAGAUUGCAAUUGCAGGCGCAUGUUGACUUCCGCGACACGCAUUUCGUUGCCCGGCUUCGAUCCAAAGGAGCUCGAAAAGUUAUUGAUCGCUAUGAUAGCUGUGGAUGGGCCAAAAUGGUUACCAGAACCGGGCACUUUGUUGUACUUGAGACCCACCAUGAUUGGAUCAGGAGGAGCUCUUGGUGUUGCUGCUCCCAAGGAAGCAACUCUAUUCAUCAUCUCAACAUUCAUGCCCUCAUUAUCCUCACCAAACGGCUUAAAGCUACUCGCAUCCCAAGACGGAGUCCGGGCGUGGCCCGGUGGAUUCGGAUACGCCAAGGUGGGAGCCAACUACGGGCCCUCUCUGAUGGCCAACAGCGAAGCCCGAGCCCGCGGCUAUGACCAAGUUCUCUGGCUCCUGGACGGUCUCGUUACAGAAGCUGGAGCAAGCAAUUUCUUCGUGGUGUGGAGGUCGAAGGAGGGGAAGCUGCAAUUGGUUACUGCGCCGUUGGGCGGCAAGAUUAUCCUCGAUGGAGUCACGCGCCGAAGUAUCUUACAAUUGGUACGCGAGAGGCUUUCUGAUAACUCUUCGGGCUUGGAUCCUAUUGAGGUUGUCGAGCGCCAGUACACUAUGGAUGAGGUUGUUGAGGUUGUAAAGGAGGGUCGGAUGGUUGAGGCUUUCGCUGCUGGCACUGCUUAUUUCGUUUCCCCUGUCUCCGUCAUUAGCUACAAGGGCGAAGACCUCCAGAUUCCUAUGGCCAAGGGAGAGACUGGCGAGUACGCCGGUUUGAUCAAGGACUGGCUUGUAAACAUCAUGUACGGGAAGGACCAGCACGAGUGGGGUGUUGUUAUCGAUGAGAAGGUUGAUAAUUGA